UCUUGGUUCAGCUGGUUUCUGAUGAGUCGUGUCUCUGUCGUCUAGCCUUCCCAUCAGCCCCUCUGAUCCGGGGUCAGGACCGGCUGAGUCUGGGGGUGGAGUCCACCCUCACCUGCCAGGUGUCUGACCUUUACCCCCCCGAGCUGCUGACCCUCAGCUGGCUCAGAGGAGACGCCGUCCUGCAGAGCAUGAUGGGAGAUCCAGGAUCCGGCUCGGUCCGGUCCGAGUACACGUUCACCCCUCUGGACCGGGACUCUGGAGGAAACAUCAGCUGCAGGGCCACGCUGGACCUGCAGGACCUGCCCCCUGAGGACAGGACCAGAGAGACCACCGUCCCCCUGAACCUGCUCUAUGCUCCAGUUGUCAUGGUGACAUCAGACUCAGAUGCUCCCGUUGUCAUGGUGAUGUCAGACUCGGUGACGGUGAUGCAGGGUUCCCCUCUGUCUCUCAGCUGCUCGGUGGAGGGGAACCCCGAGCCGUCCAUCAGCUGGAGCUUCAGGUCGUCAGACGGUCGGUCUGAGCGGCGGGCCGCGGGCCGUCAGCUGGUCGUCACGACAAUGAGUCUGUCUGAUACCGGACGCUACGACUGCGAGGCCCGGAACAGCGAAGGGAACCGGACCGCCGGCAUGGAAGUCGCUGUUCACGCUCCGCCCACCAACACCUCCCUCUCUCUGAGUCCAGCUGAGGAGGUGCUGGAGGGUCAGCGGCUCACCUUCACCUGCCAAUCAGACGGAGCUCCGCCCACCAUGCUGGUGCUGAGGAGGGAGGGGGCGGAGCUUCAGAGGACAGGCCCCGCCUCCUCCUCCUCCUCCUCCUCGCUCUCCUUCAGCCUCUCCUCCGCCCAGCUGGUAGACUCCGCCCUCUACCAGUGUGAAGCCUCCAACCAGUACGGAUCCCAACUGGUGACCAGCUCCGUCACCAUCACAGCUCACCCUCUGCAGGUGGAUCUGAGUCCUCCAGUCUCAGCAGCUCAGAGGGGUUCAGGUCUGGUUCUGACCUGCAGAGCCUCCGGAUGUCCCCACCCCCCCAUUUUCACCUGGAGGAGGACAGACCAGGACCGGACCGUACUCCGGGGGACAGACCAGGACGGACUCUCCCUGCUCCGCCUGCAGGAACUGGGCCUCCAGGACCAGGGAGGAUACGGCUGUGAGGCCGAGUGUGACUCCGUCAUCAGGACCGGAACCGUCCAGGUCCAGGUCUACUCAUUCCCAUCUGAUCCGGUUCUGGAGGAUCCUGGUCCGGUCCUGCUGGGUCAGGAGGCGGUCCUUCGCUGUAACGUCAGCAGCGUCUUCUCAGCCAAUCAGAUGAGGAUCCUGUGGCUGUUGGGGAACACCACGCUGAUGUCGGAGUCGUUCGGGUUCUCCGGUUCCUUACAGAAUGUCUCGUCUGUUCUUCGGCACCGGGUCCAGGAGGACCGGCAGGUUCUGACCUGCGGGGCCGAGCUGCUCGCGGAGGACGGAGACGUGUGGACGUCCAGGAGGACCAGCGUCCCCCUGCAGGUCCACUAUCCUCCGAGGAGGACCUCCCUCUCUCUGAGUCCAGCUGACGAGGUGCUGGAGGGUCAGCGGCUCACCUUUACCUGCCAAUCAGACGGAGCUCCGCCUACCACGCUGGUACUGAGGAAGGAGGGGGCGGAGCUUCAGAGAACAGGCCCCGCCUCCUCCUCCUCUUCCUCGCUCUCCUUCAGCCUCUCCUCCGCCCAGCUGGUAGACUCCGCCCUCUACCAGUGUGAAGCCUCCAACCAGUACGGAUUCCAACUGGUGACCAGCUCCGUCAGCAUCACAGCUCCUCCGAGGAACACCACGGUCCUCGUCCUACCGUCUACGGUGGUCCAGGAGGGACAGAAUGUCACCGUGUGCUGCCGGACUAUCAGCUUCCCGCCGUCAGUCGUGGUCCUGAAGAAGCUGACCGACGGGACGGAGCUUUAUUCGACCGACGGCACCUUCCUGUUGGUCAACGUCACGGCCAGAGACUCCGGGCUGUACCAGGUCAACGUUACCAACGACCUCGGGUACCAGGUCAAAGUCUUCAGCAUCAGUGUCAGAGAGAGAAGCUCCAGCGUUCCUCCCCGUCUCAGCGCCGUCAUCGUCCCGGUCGCCUGCAUCGCCGCCGGGCUAGCAGCUGCUGCUCUGCUCCUCGACUACCUGAGGAGAUCCAGGAAGAAAGGCUUCUACCAGCUGCCCCAGUCGGCCCCGCCUUCAGCCUGAGGCUAACACUGGGCUAGCACCUCACCUCGCCAUGUGGCUACCAAGUUACAACAUGUGGCUACCACCUUCCAACAUGUGGCUACCAAGUUACAACAUGUGGCUACCACCUCACCUCCCAAAAUGUGGCUACCAAGUUCCAAGAUGUCACACCAUGUGGCUACCUUGUUCAAACACGUGGCUUUGAUAUGCUAACAUGUGGCUACCAGCUCCCAACUUGUUUCUGCUAAGUUGCAACAUGUGAUUUCAGCAUCCUAAGCUGUGGCUUUUAAAUCCCAACAUGUGACUACCACUUCUUAAUAUCCCAUUGUGUGGCUACCACGUCCCAACAUGCAGCUUUGACAUUUCAACAUGUGGCUACACUACACAUAAUGCAACAGGAUAUGUACAGAAGUGAACAUCAUUUAUUAUUUUUUGUGGAAUCGAUGACGUUUAAUCAGCUGUGAACUUUGUGAUCAGUGAACUGUCCCUUUAACUGACUCAGUGAACUGUCUCAGUGAACUGUCCCUUUAACUGACUCAAUGAACUGUCCCUUUAACUGUCCCUUUAACUGACUCAAUGAACUGUCCCUUUAACUGUCCCUUUAACUGACUCAAUGAACUGUCCCUUUAACUGUCCCUUUAACUGACUCAAUGAACUGUCCCUUUAACUGUCCCUUUAACUGACUCAGUGAACUGUCCCUUUAACUGACUCCAGUCUUUGUGUUCAGCUUCCUCCCAUGUGAGAAACACUUUGGUGUUUUAAUAAAAGAAGAAGAAUCAGAAGAAAGGGCAGAAGAAGCGGUCCUCUGGUUCUCUGAUGACUCCUCGUGAUGUUUCUGUUUUAUUAAUAAAGAUAUUUAUUUCUUGUC